AUGUUGGCCCCCUUUGAGUACUUUCAUCAGCGACGAAUAAGAAACCUUAAAAGAGAGCAACGCGCACAGCGCAUAGCCAGUCUUCCAGCUGCCUACCAUUCUGCAUUCACUGCCUUCGACAGAUCCGUAAUCGAUAAGCCCAUUGAGGAGCUGGUCCAAGAUGUGCACAAGGGUAUCGUCUCGCCAAUCCAGAUCCUACAGACUUACGGCAAGGUUGCAGUGAAAGCGCAGGAGAAGACAAACUGCAUAACAGAACUGCUGCUACCAGAAGCUGAAGAGUGGGCGAAAUCAGAGAUAAAUCCCAAGGGUCCCCUAGCGGGUAUUCCUGUCUCAUUAAAGGAUUCAUUGCAGGUUAAAGGCUUUGAUAUCAGCUUGGGCUACGCUCGGCUUGCGAAUAAGCCAUAUCAAGAGGAUGGAGGGGUUGUACGGUUGUUGAAGGAUGCGGGUGCAAUUCCAUAUGCAAAAACUAAUUUGCCAGUGACAUUAUUAUCUUUUGAAUCUGAUAAUCCCGUAUGGGGCCCUUGUUUGAACCCCCAUGUCCCUCAGUAUUCUCCCGGCGGCUCUACUGGAGGUGAAGCCGCGCUACUCGCAUUGGGUGGGCGGAUAGGUAUCGGUUCGGACGUUGCUGGAUCUGUCCGUGUACCAGCAGCAUGGAGUGGGAUUUACUCCCUGCGUUGCAGCACUGGUCGGUGGCCAAAGGCUGGCAUCAACACUAGCAUGGCAGGACAGGAAGGGGUUCCGAGUGUCUUUAGCCCAAUGGCACGAACGCUGAAUGAUUUGACGUAUUUCACUCGAGCAGUCAUUGGCAUGCAGCCAUGGAAAUACGAUAAUUCUGUCCAUCCGAUUUCGUGGAGAGACGAGAUGGAGAAGGACGCAAGGUCAAAGAAAUUGAAGAUUGGAGUUAUGAAGUCUGAUGGAGUCGUCCCACCCACGCCUGCCAUCGCACAUGCCAUCGACACUACCGCCUCUGCCCUCUCCGCCGCUGGCCACAUCCUCAUCAACAUCACACCGCCAGCAACCGCCAGCCCGCUCAUCGGUCUUCGCCUCGCCUCCCUCCUCUUAAACUCCGACGGCUGCGUGACCUUUAACUCCCACUUCCUUGCUGGAGAAUAUAGCGAUCCCGGCGCCGCCCAACUAACCAAAUACGCCCAACUCCCUCGGCCCCUCCGUUACAUUUACUACCUCUACGUCCGCUAUAUCAAACGCGACAGCACCUGGGCCUACCUACUCAAGGACUUCGGCCACAAGAGUAGCGCCGAACUAUGGAAGCUCGUUGCCCAACGCGAAGCCUUCCGUACCGCCUGGCACAAAUGGUGGAGCUCACCAGAACAAAGCUACGACUUCAUCCUGUGUCCCGUCAAUGCGACACCCGCUUUACCACACGGCGCUAUGAAAGACGCCGUUUCAUCCUGCGGCUACACCUUCCUCUGGAAUCUGCUCGAUUACUCCUGCGGUGUGAUGCCCGUCAGCCGCGUGGAUAGGAUAGCUGACGCGAUCGAACCGUCGCCAACAAAGAGUGCCAGCCAGAAGCGGAAUGCAUAUAAGCGCGUAUUGAAGGUGGCUGGGGCGGAUAACGCGGUUGCGCGGGGUGCGUGGAAGCAUUACGACUCGGAGAAAAUGCAUGGAUUGCCUACUGCGGUGCAGAUUGUUGGGAGGAGGUGGGAGGAAGAGAAGGUUCUGGGGUUCAUGGAGGCGGUGGAGAGGGCGCUGGAGGAAUAUGAGGGCCCGCGUGGGGAGGGGGGAAAGUACCAGUUGUUAGAGGUUGAAUGA